AUGGACGAGAAGCAAGCCAUCACGCCUCCCCCGGUAGAUGACGAGAAACAAGCGGUGCCGUCUCCCACGGUAGAUGACAAGCAGGCCGUCUCAGUCGCUGCAGGAGAAAGUCCCAUUCCCCCUCAACACCGCCGCCUACGCGACCCCGAUGUGUCCUUCGAGGAGUACUACUACUAUGCCACCCAGACCCGCGCGGAGGAGGACACCCUUGAGCCUCCCAAAGUUGGUAAGAACUGGCUGGCCUACCUGGUUCCCAAUCUGCAAAAGCAGGAGGACUCCGGCCCGGAGGCUCAAGGCCCGGAGAUCAACAUCAAUGACCGCGAAAAGCGGCUGCAUAUCACCGAUGAUGAAUGGGUCAAUGCCUCACGCGCCGCACGAAAUGCCUCGGCCGGUGCUGUUUUCUAUCUGAUCACCACUGAUAUUCUUGGUCCAUUCUCACUGCCGUAUGCUUUUGCCACGACCGGAUGGGGACCCGGUGUGGCUCUAUUCACCGUCUUUGGUGCGAUGGCUGGUUAUUCGGGAUACUUGCUCUGGGAUUCUUUUAUGGGACUUGAUUCGUACCAGUUUCCCACUCGCGCUUUUGGUGAUAUCGGCUACCGUCUGUAUGGCCCCUGGUUUCGCCACCUCGUCAAUCUCCUCCAGGCUAUCCAGCUUGUCUGCAACGUCGGUGCCAUCAUCAUCUCCAACGGGGAGGCGCUCUCUGAGGCUGCCAAGUUCAAGCUGUGCUACGCCGUCUGCUGCCUGGUCUGGGCUCUGGCGGGUUUCUUCUUUGGACAAAUCCGCACACUGCAGAAAUUUGGCUGGUUGGCCAACCUUGCCGUGUACAUCAACUUGCUCGUUAUUUUCAUCACCAUGGGAGCAGCCGCACACUCGCCACCGCUUUAUGCAGGAUCCGCCUCGUCCGCUGGAUACAGUAUCAACCCUGACCUGGUAACCCCCAAUGCUGAGGGCGUCUACCCCCCGGUCCAGCACAGUGGAGGCCUUCCUGACCCUGGCAAUUUCGGUUCCGCCGUCAACGGUCUGAUGCAAGCUGUCUACUCGUACGGAGGAUCCAUGGUCUUUAUCGAGUUCAUGUCGGAAAUGCGUCGUCCUCGCGACUUCUUGAAGGGCAUGUGGGGUGCUCAGCUUUUCAUCUACAUCUGUUACAUGCUCUACGGGUUGUACAUGUACGGCUACCAGGGCCAGUAUGUGCAGACCCCGUCUUAUCUUGGUAUCUCCAAUUACAACCUGCAGACUGCCGGAAACUCCUUGGCCAUGGUCAGCGCGUUGAUUUCCGCUACGCUCUACGGCAACAUUGGACUGAAGUACCUGUUCAAGGCACCACCCCUGUCCCAGAAAUCUGGCAAACUCUUCUGGAUUGCCCUCAUCCCCAUCUACUGGUCCAUCGCCUUCGUCAUUGCCGCUGCCAUUCCCGACUUUGCAGGUUUCACGAGCAUUGUAUCGGCAACCUGUAUCCUGCAGUUCUCCUACACCUUCCCACCAUUGAUGCACAUUGGAUACAACAUAAAGAAGUACGCCCUCCAACCGGGCGAGGGCUUUGACCCUGCUACCGGCCAGGUCACGCUCUUUGAUAGCGGCUGGAAGCGUGUUUAUCGUGGCUACUUCUCCAAGCGUUGGUAUGUGAAUGUGUUCAACACCAUCUUUUUCCUGGGUGCGCUGGCCACCGCCGGUAUCGGUAUUUGGGCCGCUGUUGAGGGUUUGAUUGCGGUGUAUGCUAUUCCCGAGUUGAAUGCGUUUGGAUGCACGUCGCCGCUGGAUGUUAGUGGUUGA